GAAAAUUUGAAGUUCAGAAGCCAAAGGCGAAGGGAAGCUGCCGGAGGAGCUUUCUUGAUGGAGCCCGACGUGCCGGCCGCAGAGCAAGCUCAGGGGGAGAAGGACGCCUCCGAGUCCGGGGCCCCAGAGCCCGAAGAUGCUGGUGUGGGCUGCGAGAAAGGGGCUCUGGCCGCCCCUCCUGCGGGGGACAGAGAGGAGGCCCCACCUCGCCUGGCCAACGACGACGCCAAAAGCCUCGCGCAGAAAGACAACGGGCGGCUCUCCCCACCGCCUGCCGAAGCCGCCGAAGGAGGCCUCCGUGAGGGGUCCCCGUCCCUGAGUGAGGAGCCCACCUCUCUGCCAACCCCGCAGAGCGCCAGCCCUGUGCCCUCAAGCAGCAGCGCCUACGAGGACACCCCCAAACCACGGUCCUCCCCGGCCAGUCCGCCCAAGCCGCCAGACUUCUACUGCGUGAAGUGGAUCAGCUGGAAGGGGGAGAGGACGCCGGUCAUCAUGCAGAGCGAGAACGGGCCCUGCCCGCUCCUGGCCAUCAUGAACAUCCUCUUUCUGCAGUGGAAGGUGAAGCUGCCUGCGCAGAAGGACAUGGUCACGUCAGACGAGCUGAUGGCUUACCUUGGGGACUGCAUCCUGUCCAUCAAGCCCCAAGGCCAAGCCGAGGCACUCCAGCUCAACUUCCAACAGAACGUCAACGACGCCAUGAUGGUCCUUCCCAAGCUGUCCACAGGGCUGGACGUCAACGUGAGAUUCACCGGCGUCUCCGACUUCGAAUACACCCCCGAGUGCAUCGUUUUUGACCUCCUGAAUGUCCCCCUUUAUCACGGGUGGCUGGUGGAUCCUCAGACGCCCGGGGUGGCUCGAGCUGUCGGCAAGCUGAGCUACAACCAGCUGGUGGAGAAGAUUAUCAGCUGCAAACACUCCAGCGACCCGAACUCAGUGACGGACGGCCUGAUAGCCGAGCAGUUUUUGGAAUCCACGGCUUCCCAGCUCACUUACCACGGUCUCUGCGAGCUCACGUCCACAGUCACAGAAGGCGAACUGAGCGUUUUUUUCCGAAACAACCACUUCAGCACCAUGAUCAAGCACAAGAGCCACCUGUACCUGCUGGUCACGGACCAGGGGUUCCUGAAUGAGGACCAGGUGACGUGGGAGAGCUUGCACAACGUGGACGGGGACAGUUGCUUCUGCGACGCCGAAUUCCACCUCAGCCACGCUCUGGGCAAGGAGGCCGCGGGGGGGUCCCCCGUCGACCAGAGACAGGUGGAUCAGGACUACAUGAUUGCCUUGUCUCUCCAACGCCAGCAAGGCGGGCCUGCCCUGAGCGACCUGGAGCUGGCACAACAGUUGCAGCAGGAGGAAUACCAGCAGCCCCCGCCACCCGCCCCCGCCCCCUGCCCGGCACAGGGGCGAAGCCCACCCACCCCCCGCCCCGCUGGAGAACGCAGACAGAGGCAGAAACCGGAGACGGACUGCGUCGUCCUCUGAGGCUGACCCGCCGGUGUCCCGGGAGGGCCCCCCUUUCCUUCCAGAUCCUGCGGCGGAGAAGGCCACCCCGUUCGCUCCCCAUUGCGUGCCCUUCGGAUGAGCUGCCAGCGCAGAGGGCUCUCCUGUGAAACCAAAAACGCUUGAGGAGGGGGGAAACCCUCCCGCUUUCAAGAGAACCACAACCUGGGGUCUCCCCCACUGCGGAUCUGCUUCUCCCACCCGGCCCGCGGGGGCUGGAUGGAUCAGGGCAGCGUGCGGAGGGGAGCCGGAGAAGCCGCGUUUGGGAGAGAGCACGGGGCAACGAGGGAGUGUCUUCCCGGGCCCAUCUCCCCACAGAGGCCGCGGGAGGCUCCUGUCUCUCUGAUGCUGUUAACAUGGGGGUCUCUUCCCUCGGGAAAAACUGAGCUGUUGCUCAGGAGCGGCUGAGCCUUCGGGAUGAGGGGGUCGCUCCUCACGGACACCCCGGAUCGGAGCCGGGUCGUUGCCGAAGCGGAGGCACCGAGCAGCCGUGCGCACGGACAAGGGGGCGGUUUCCAGAGUUGCAACGGGAGCAAUCCAACCGGUGCAGUUUUCACGGCCUGGAAAAAAUGGGUCCCUUUGCCCAAAGCAGGGACUGGCUGCCUUGGGGGCUUUGCGCGUUUAAACCCUAUUUUUUUGCCUUCUCAAGGGCAGCCGAGGCGCUGCAGAAACACCCCCUGUACGAUCCAAAACAGUUCUCUUUUUUUCCCCCUGGUUUGAGGGCUAUGACUGAACUAAAUCUUACAUCGCUUAAUCAUCAGUGGUUUAAUCCGUUAAGCCUGCCUAUGUUUACAUUUGAAUAAAGCAGUACUGGGCUAAAGGGAGGCGUUCCUUUUCACCCCCAGGGAAUCUACCCAGUUAGCUUCAGCAGAGAUUUAUCUGA